AUGUCACCCUUUGACUCCAUCCCAGAUACGGAACUUCUGGUGUCACCGAAGGAUCGGGACGGCUGCUCAAGAUUUCUCAGUCUGUCCCGUACACCACCUGAUCGAGAGAUCCCUUCAAUGGAUGACCAACGUUGGGUUAAUUAUGCCAAGGUUGAUAUUCUCUGCCCUGGCCCCAACUGGGAUCUCUUCCCGGAAACUCUCAGCUCCACCCCAAUAAGACGCACCAGACAUAAAAGUGUACGGGCCUAUUUACCUCGCAGAGCAAGGACAGAGCACACCCAACAGCGAAGCGAUGGAGAAGAGGAGGAGAUUCCCCUCCCAGAGAAGAAACAGUCGCAGAAUCCUAACUUACUACCCGCUGACCAAGUCUCUUCCUCAGAUCCCGACGAUGAAAUUGUCGAUUAUGAUAAUGAAUUUACGAAGUAUGGCACCCCUUGUAUCAUCAAUACCGAAAACGUCGCUCUGAACGAUUUGGUGAAAUACAUGCACCCUUACUGCCUGCCUGCUAUAACUGUGUGUCUAGAUCAUGAAGAAGAG